GGCACCUAGUGAAGGAUGAGGGUUCGCCUCGGCCCUUUUGCUGCCCAGUGCCCACGUGAGCCGAGCAGGGGCAGCGCUGCCAAGGUGAAAGUCCACAACAGGAGCCGUGUCGGGUCAGCAUUCAAACGAGCGCCCAGCAGGGCUGGAGCCAUGUCACCCCGAGCCUUCACCCUCCUCGUCCUCCUCGUGCAGGACGCGGCGUCGAGUGUUCAGGGAGAUGUGCUGACCUUCCCCAAGCACGACUCUGGCUUCCUCCGGAGGCAGAAGAGGGAUUGGGUCAUCCCCCCCAUCAGCUGCCUCGAGAACCACCGGGGGCCCUACCCCAUGAGGCUGGUGCAGAUCAAAUCCAACAAGGACAAGGAGUCCAAGGUGUACUACAGCAUCACGGGGCAGGGCGCGGACAGCCCGCCCGUGGGCAUCUUCGUCAUCGAGCGCGAGACGGGGUGGCUGGAGGUGACCGAGCAGCUGGACCGGGAGAAGAUCGAUCGCUACACCCUCUUCUCCCACACCGUGUCGGCCAGCGGGCAGCCCGUGGAGGACCCCAUGGAGAUCAUCAUCACGGUGAUGGACCAGAACGACAACAGGCCCGUGUUCAUCAAGGAGGUCUUCGUCGGCUACAUCGAGGAGAACGCGAAGCCGGGUGCGGGGGCCGGCGGGCGGGCGGGGGGCCGGGAGCCCCGGGACGCAGCGGGCAGCGAGCAGACCCGUUACAGGCUUGGGCAAACAUUAGUGAAAGCAGCCUUGCCUGUGCCACAGUCCCACGCAGGGCCUGUCCUAGCAGCAGAGUAA